UAAGUGUAGAAAUACAACUUAGUAGUCAACAAACAAGUGUUUCGUAUCAAUCGUGUGUUGGUUGAGGCGAGCAGGCAUUUCUUACCUUUUUUAUUAUUACACAACACGGUAUUUUGUUGUUGGCCGGCCGGUUAAAUUUAUUCACUCACGUUGUUACCUAACUUUUUAUUUUUUAAUAAAGUUUUAUUUUAACUUUUCAUUUUUUAUUGAAAAGAGUUUUCAGAUCUGUGUGAAAACAGAUUAACGUGUGUUUCUAAUUUUUUUUAAUUGUAAGUGAAUUUGAUUUGUGAUAAGUUUCGGAAAAUUUUCAAUCCAAAAUGACUAUCAGUGAGGAACAUGAAUUGUUGAAUAAUUCGGGUGAAAAUCAACGAUCUAAUUAUUCUUCUGGCGGAAAUGGUCACGCAUUUCAAUUGGAAUCAUUAUUGACCGAAAGUAAACCACGAUAUGGUUCAAUUGGUGAUAGUGGAGGUGGUGAUUAUGCUGGUGAUCCAGAAAAUGCUUUUCGUCAUAUGGAUCGUAUAACAUACACAUGGUAUGAUAUGAACGUGUAUGGAAUUAUUGCAAAACGAGCAGGUCGAAAUCGGUUAAUAAGUGGUAUAACACAAAAAGAUCCUACACCAGAAAUGACACCACAUAUAGAACGGAAACAUAUUUUAAAGGGUGUUCAUGGAAUAGCUCGACCUGGUGAAUUAUUAGCAAUUAUGGGCUCAUCUGGUGCUGGUAAAACUACUUUAUUAAAUACAUUAACAUUUUGCUCGCCGGCGAGUGUCAUUGUCAGUGGAACCAGGUGCAUUAAUGGUAUUCCUAUAAAUAAUACAUCAUUGCGUAGUAUGUCUGCAUAUGUACAACAAGAUGACUUAUUUAUUGGAACGCUUACGGUUAAGGAACAUUUAGUUUUUCAAGCCUUAGUUCGUAUGGAUCGAAAUAUACCAUAUAAACAACGUAUGCAACGAGUGAACGAAGUAUUAUCAGAGUUAGCCUUAUUAAAAUGUCAAAAUACAACAAUUGGUAUCCCGGGACGUUUGCGUGGAAUUUCUGGUGGUGAAAUGAAACGUCUAUCAUUCGCUGCUGAAGUAUUAACGAAUCCACCAUUAAUGUUUUGUGAUGAACCCACAUCAGGUUUAGAUUCAUUUAUGGCACAAAAUGUUGUACAAGUUUUAAAAACAUUAGCACAAUCUGGUAAAACUGUUGUUUGCACAAUUCAUCAACCAUCUUCGGAGUUAUAUUCUAUGUUUGAUAAAUUGUUAUUAAUGGCCGAAGGACGUGUAGCAUUUUUAGGAAAACCAUCUGAAGCGUAUAAUUUCUUUUCCAACCUGGGUGCUACGUGCCCAAUUACAUAUAAUCCUGCCGAUUAUUAUGUCCAACUGUUAGCUGUCGUUCCAAAUCGUGAAGAUUCAUGCCGUCAAACCAUUGAUAUGAUUUGUGAUAAUUAUCAAACAUCAGAUUUAGGGCAACGAGUUACACUCGAAGCUGCAGAAGCAGCAAAUAAUCAAUAUCGUUUUGGUGGUCAAACUGUUAUGGAAUCGAUGACGGAACGACGUAGCCCAUAUAAAGCGAAUUGGAUACGACAAUUUCGGGCUGUACUUUGGCGGUCAUGGAUUAGUGUUAUCAAAGAGCCAAUUUUAAUUAAAGUUAGAUUAUUGCAAUCAGUUCUAGUGUCCUUUUUAAUUGGUUUAAUAUACUUUGGACAGGUAUUAAAUCAAGAUGGUGUUAUGAAUAUAAAUGGUGCUAUUUUCUUAUUUUUAACAAACAUGACGUUCCAGAAUGUGUUUUCGGUUAUAAGUGUAUUCUGUAACGAAUUACCAGUGUUCUUACGUGAAAAUCGAAAUGGUAUGUAUCGAACGGAUAUAUACUUUUUAUGUAAAACAUUAGCUGAAGCACCUGUAUUCCUUGCCAUUCCAAUGAUAUUCGCAUUUAUCUGCUAUUAUAUGAUUGGUUUGAAUCCAGAACAACCACGAGUAUUUAUUACAGCAAUUAUUGUUGCACUGGUUGCAAAUGUUGCUAUUUCAUUUGGAUACUUAAUUUCCUGCAUUAGUUCCGGUGUUUCGAUGGCAUUAUCUAUUGGACCGCCUGUAAUUAUUCCAUUUAUGUUAUUUGGUGGCUUCUUCCUUAACACCGGAUCAGUGCCAUUCUAUUUUAAAUGGUUAUCAUACCUGUCAUGGUUCCGAUAUGGUAAUGAAGCAUUAUUAAUUAAUCAAUGGGAAGGAAUAAAUGAGAUUGAUUGUACACGAUCAAAUUACAGUUGUCCUCAAAGUGGUCAUGUUGUCUUACAAAUGUAUAAUUUUGAAGAGCAACAUUUACCAUGGGACAUAAUCAGUUUAUUGGGAUUAAUAUGUUUGUUUAGAUUUUUGGCAUUUUUAGCAUUAUUAUCCAAAACGUACAAAGGAGAAUAAAAUCACAAAAAAAAGACAAAGCAAAACGUUAAUUUUUUUGUAUAAAUAAAUUUAAAAAAAAAUUAAAUAAAUUGACACACAAAUCCUUGCACCUAUAAAGUUUUUAGGUUUAAAAAUUUAUCGUUCAAAUAUUUUUGAAUACGUUCAUUAUGAAUUCAUUUCCUAAUAAAAUUUAACAAUUUGUAUCUCUCUAAAUCUUUCUUAGCGUGAACGUAUCUUUAUUUGGUACGGUAAUAUUAAUCGAGUCAAAAAGUCUGAAUAUGUUUUAAUAUUAAGUCUUUUUUUAUAUUUUUCGGGAUCCGAUUACAGAAAAUAUUACCCUCACCUCUAAAUAGUCUGAGAUAAUGCUUAAAGAAAGAUUUCACUUUCAAAAAAUCUACCUGAAUACUUUUUCUGAUAUUAAUAAGCAGUAAUUAUCAGAAUCUCAGAUUUGGAUAAAACUUCCAGAGUAAGUUUUUGAUUAGAGAAAUUUAAAUCCGUGACAGAGCGAUGAAAUUCAUACAAACCGGGAUGAAAUCGAUGUAAUUUAUUAGAAAAAAUUGGGAGUAAUGACCAUCGUUGAUCGAUAUUGCUUCCCUUAGUCUCUUCUUUUCAAAACUACCCAUACAAUUAUUUGCAAUUAGCACAAAAUGAUUUCGAUUUUUUGGGUAAAAUCAAGAGACUGAAAUUUACCCAAAAUAUUUCAGAAAACAUUUUAAUGAUUUCUUUCUUUUUUACAAUUUUGCCCAUCCAUUCAAAUUUAAAAUGUUUUAAAGCUUUUCAAAAUUUAAAGACAACCUCAAGACAGUAGGAUUAUAUUUACCUACACUUUCGAGACGAGACAAAAUAAAAUUGUUGAGAACUAAGCAAAAUAUAAAACUUUGAAUCUUGCACAAAUUCGAGACAAAAUGCGAAAUAACUUUUUUUUGACAAAAAGCUCGUUUAUAUGAAUGGCAAUCUUCCCUUCAAGCAUUAUCUAAUUCUAUUAACAGAUUUCGGGGUAUGUUUUUUUCUAGUAUCGAAUCCCAGAUCAUUAUUAUAUAAUUAAUAAUUUUGAUCGAAUUUCUUAGAAAUAAUUAUUGUAAAAUAAUUUUGUUAUUUAGAAAUUAAUUUUGAAUCUCUCUAUAAAUCGUAUUAAUAGUAUC